CACAUGUAAAAAGGGAACUCCUUAUUUCGCGCAGGACAACCUGACGCGCGCUGACAGGACAGUGUCGGAUCUGGUGUUCUGGGGCUGCUGCUCUUCCGCUUCAGCUGCAUCCAGUCCUCUCUCCGGUGAGCCUCGAAUGUUUGGCACGACGAAGGGACAGCUUGCGCGGCGGUACCAGUGACAGGACACAUCCAGGUGUGCUGCGUGUCGCCAGGUGCGAUGAGUUUCAUCUCGGGUCUAAGACGCAGCCUGAAGGGGAAUGACAGCAAACGGAACUCCUUGUCGGUGGGCAAAAGAAAGGACGGCUCUGUAUCUCCCUCCAGGCUGGCUGUCAUCAACUGCAAAGAGCUGGACCCCGUCAGCCCCGAUUUCAGGUUACAGCUGACAGACUCCGACGAUGAACUCCAGGAUCCUGCUCCUUCCUCAGAGGUCCUGCUGCAGGUACGGGACUGUCCCAGGCUGUGCCCGAUCAGAAUGUCCGGGGGAGAGGAGGCCGCGUGCAGCGGGUUGCAGAGGUCAUCCUUGGCCGCUGCUCUGGAAGACUGCAUGGGCGCCCUGGACCUGUUCCUGCAGAACCAGUUUGAGGAGUCUCUGACCCAGCUCCACAGCAGAAAGAGAGACAGCAUGUACCACGCCCUCACCUACGCCAGCAUCCGGGCCAUGCAAGCCAUGAUGGCCUUUGACCCUGCGGACAUCCUGACUGCUGGGAACACCAUGAAGGACGCCCAGGCCGUUUGCCAGAGGUUUCGCAGAAAAUCCUCUCGCAUCAACAAGAGCUACACCGAAGAGGAACUCCACGCUGAGCUGUGCUAUGCCGAAUGUCUCCUGCAGAGGGCAGCACUAACCUUCCUCCAGGAUGAAAACAUGAUUAGCUUCAUCAAAGGAGGGAUUAAAGUGAGGAACAGCUACCAGAUCUACAGGGAGCUCCAUGCCAUCCUCCAGAACGCUGCCAGCACCCCGGGGGAGAAUCACCGCCAUUUUGAGGGCGGGGUCAACUUAGGAGUGGGCUCCUUCAACCUGAUGCUGUCCCUGCUGCCAACCAAGAUUCUUCGGUUGCUGGAGUUUGUGGGGAUGUCAGGGAACAAGGAGUGUGGUCUGCAGCAGUUGGGGGAGGGGGCUGCCACGCCCACGUUCCGGGCCUUUCUGUGCAGCAUGCUGCUUCUCUGCUACCACACCUUCAUGAGCUUCAUCCUGGGCACGGGGGAGGGAGACGUGGGGGACGCAGAGAGGCUUCUGCAGCCUUACCUGGAAAAGUACCCGAAGGGGGCGAUCUUUUUGUUUUUUGCUGGGCGAAUUGAGGUGAUCAAAGGAAACCUGGAUGCUGCUAUUGGCCGGUUUGAGGAGUGCUGUGAGUCGCAGGAGCUGUGGAAGCAGUUCCAUCACAUGUGCUACUGGGAGCUGAUGUGGUGCUUCACCUACAAGCGGCAGUGGAAGAUGGCCUACUUCUACUCCGACCUCUUAAGCAAGGAGAACACCUGGUCUAAGGCUACCUACGCUUACAUGAAGGGGGCAUACCUGAGCAUGAUGACCUCAGAGGAACGCAAGGUGCUCGGGGAGACGGAGGUGGAGCUCUUCAGGCAGGUGCCGGGUCUGAAGCAGAAGAUAGCGGGAAAGUCCCUGCCCACGGAGAAGUUCGCCAUCCGGAAGGCCCGCCGUUACCUUGCCGACAACCACAUGCCCCUUCCGGUCCCGCCAUUGGAGAUGAUGUACAUCUGGAACGGAUACACGGUGAUCGCGAAAAACAGGGAACUGACCGAAGGGAUGCUGCAGACCCUGGACGAAGCCCAGAAACAGCUAGAGCAGCAGCCAAAGACGGAGGUCUCCAUAGAUGACCAGUGCCUGCUGAGCCUGCUGAGGGGCCUGUGUCUGAAGCACCUGGGCCACACCCAGGAGGCCGAGCAGUACUUCACCCUGGUGCUCUGCAACGAGGCAGAGAUCAAGUACGACCACUACCUGGUGCCCACGGCCCUGCUGGAGCACGGGCUGCUGUGCCUGGAGAACGGGCGCAAGGCGGAGGCCAUCGCACUGCUGGAGACCGCCAGGCAGAACUAUAAGAGCUACUCCAUGGAGUCUCGGACGCACUUCCGAAUCCAGGCUGCCCUGCAGAAGGCGCGGUCCAUGGAGGAGAACGGCGUUCCCAGCGGCGUUCCCAGCGACGUUCCCAGUGCGGUGCCCAGCGACGUUCCCAGUGCGGUGCCCAGCGGCAUUCCCAGUGCAGAGCCCAGCGGCAUUCCCAGUGCAGAGCCCGCCAGCCCGUGACGGAGAGGGGAGGUGGGGGGGAGGACUGACCUGGUGGUCUCCAGCACAGUCACAGACCAGCUCACAGACACAGAAAACAAACACCCACACAGACCAAAUCAACCCCAUGCUGAGACACAUACACUGCUCACACAUACAGAGACAUACAUUUCUACAUGUUACAUACAUUUAUACAUGUUAUGUACUCUUUUUCAUAUGGACCCCGAAAGAGAGGCUUCAUCCUCUCAAUGCUCAGAACCUGCUGUUGUUCUCCACAAUCCCCACAAUCCCCCACAAUCCCCCAGUCCUUCAACGGGCCUGCAUGCAGCCGGCUGGAUACCGCUGCUCUGGGCCGUCCUCCGGUCUACACGCUUACGAUUCCAAUGAGACUACCUAUGCACCGUAAAAAAAAGACUACGUGCACCAGCGGGAUUAACGUAUGCAUUUAUAUAUAUAUAUAUAUAUAUA